AUGGUUAAUCAUAAAAUCACCAAGGUUUGAAAAGACUUCUAAGCUUGAGUCCAACUGUCAUUAGUGUUUUGUUAGGGAACAAAAUUUGGGAUGAUGUUCAAGAACACUGGUGCAAGGAGAAGUGAAAUGCGAGGCUGAGAAGGGAGCAGGGUUAUCUGAGAGACCAUGAGAACUGCAGCAGGAAGCUGUACAGUGAAGUGAGGAACGACUUGGAAUGGAGGACCCCGAGUGGGGCAGGGAGCUCGAGGUGGAGAGAAGUGCAGUGAAUGGGUUGAAAAUGUGUGAGCUGGAGAAAUCAGGACAUGGACUGGUAGAAAAUUGGAGGUGGAAGUGCAGGGACAUGGUGUAGCCAUUGAUUGAUAAGUGAAUUCAUGAGGGGGAAAGCGAGGGUGAAAGAUCUAGUGCCAAAGUGGCACUUCUGUCUUAACUUUAUUUCUUUAAAAGUCAAUUCUGGGUUUACUGCAGGUGAUGACCAAUUGCCAUGAGUUCAAACAUUUCCCUUUGAUUCACCAUUCACUGAGCCGGUGUGAGGGAUGGCUAUGGAAGCCAAGUACAGCAUCAUUCGGGAAGUGGGCCGAGGGAGCUAUGGGGUGGUUUAUGAGGCCAUUGUUAAUCAAACGAGAAGCAAAGUAGCUGUAAAAAGGAUGCACUGUAAUGUGCCCGAAAAUGUAGAACUGGCUUUGCAAGAGUUCUGGGCUCUGCAGAGCAUCCAGAGGCAACACGAGAACGUGAUCCAGUUGGAGGAGUGUAUCCUGCAGAAUGGUCAGGUCUUCCAGCCAAUUAGCCAUCGUUACAGGAAAUCGGACAGCCACUUGCUGCUUAUCGAGACCUGCCUGAAAGGGCGGAGGUGCAUGGAUCCCAGAUCGGCCUGCUUCCUCUGGUUUGUAAUGGAGUUCUGUGAUGGUGGGAACAUGAACGAAUACCUGCUCUCUCGCAGCCCGGAUGCUCAGCUGAACAACAGCUUCAUGCAGCAGCUCAGCAGUGCUGUGGCUUUCCUGCACAGGAACCAGAUUGUGCACAGGGACCUGAAAUCUGACAAUAUUUUGAUUUCCCAUAGGCGUGGGAGUCCCAUCGUGAAGGUGGCGGAUUUUGGCCUCAGCAAGGUGUGUCAGGGGAAAGGGAAUGUGAACCAACAUCGCUUCUCUUCUGCCUGUGGGUCAAACUUCUACAUGGCACCAGAAGUCUGGGAAGGUCACUACACUGCCAAGGCUGACAUAUUUGCCCUUGGGAUCAUUUUCUGGGCUAUGGUUGAGAGGAUCACCUUCCGAGAUGGGGAUACCGAGAAGGAAUUGCUGGGAACUUACAUCUGCCAAGGCAAGGAGCUUAUUCCCCUUGGAGAAGCACUGCUGGAGAAUCCCAACAUGAAACUACAGAUUCCUCUGAAGAACAAGAAGUCCAUGCCAGAAGAUCUCUGCAAGCUCCUGCACGAUAUGCUGGCUUUUAACCCCAAGGAAAGAUUGGAUGCCUUCCAACUGGAAGUCCGAGUCAGGCAAAUCUCCUAUGGCAAAAAGCGCCAGCGCUCAUAGAGAUGAAGCACAUUCAGAUAUUGUGUGCCGCUGUGGUCUAGAGGCCUUGGAGAUGGCUGACAACUCUGCCUUGCCUUUGGAAUAACCGGGUCCAUCAGAAGACCAUUGCCAGCUUCCCGAACGGUUAUAUUUAAAUGGACAAUAAUUUUAUUUAUUUGUACAGUAAUUUUAAGUGGAGAACUACAAAAAUCUAUUUUUAUGGAAACCUUUGUUUUUAUCUUUGCAUUCUUCUAUGCAGCAAGUAGCUUAGGUGAAAACUUGGCUGAGGUGCCUUCAGCUGUCCGGUCACACUCAGCACAGAUGUGAGGAGUUUCUCAACCUGCUCUCUUUAAUGCAUCCCUGUUGUUGCUGUCCUGUGUUUGCCCUUUUGAAGGACAGCAAAGAAACACGUGCUCCUCUUCUCCCUUACAUGUCCACUGCUUUCCCCAGCCCCGCCUUCUUGCUCAUUUCACUGUGUUGCUUGUCCUUGGCACAGAAGUUGUCUUUAUGAGGUUUAAUUGGUGCUUUUUUUGUGUCUAAUCCUUCGCUUCGUGGCCACGUUGCUGAGCUAUGUCUGCCGAAUGAGCUGGCAAAAGUGCUCAGCAUCUAUUCUGAAAAGUUUGAGCAGAAACAAAAAUGUAUUUUCUUCCCAGUAGCUUUUUGAAUAUUCUUGCUUAGAUGAACUAAAAUGCUUUCUUAAAAUAAAUACAAAGAAUGUUAAAGAUGCCAACUCUUGAUUAGAACAUAUGCGUCACUAACACUUAAAGUAGUUUAAGGAAUCAUGCUUCCUGCUGUGUUAGCGGCUUGCGCCAGCUGUUCUUACAAGGGAAAUGAAAAGGACUGAGCUGGAAUCGUGGCAGGUAAAUGGGGAGGCUAAUUUGCACCCUGUUUGAAAAAUAUUUUAAUAUCUCCUUAAACUAGUGCUGAGCUUCGCUUUUCCAAAGAGGCUGGGAGCUCCUGGAAAAGGUUCUUCCUUUGCUCUUCUGCUGUGCAGAGGUGAAAUAGCUUCCUUCAGGGACAGCUUUUUGUAGGAAAGGAAUAAACUGCUGAAAGGAAAGAUAACACGGUGAGCCUUUCUUAUCGAGAACAGAAUACAUCUGUUUUGGUUGGAAACAGAUUAUAUAUUCCUUCCCUCUGUCCUACUCGAAUUCUGGCUGCAGUAGAGAAGGCUCUGUAUUAUAAGCAGUAGCAGUAUUGUGAGCUGAAUUCGUGGAGAGGAUCUUUUACUUCCUGCCAUGACCUUGUUAUCCAGAGGCUCCACUGGCCUUCCAUGGGGAAGUGUUAGCAUUUCCUCCCCUGCUCCUCCAGGCUGUGAAGUAGUUUUGUCCUGCCCAAACAAGCAUGAUUAAUGUCCAUCCUUGUAGUGAUAACAAAUGGACUUCCUGAUAGGAGCAAUCCCUGGAAGAAGCUGUUGUGGGAACGUAUGAACAAUCAAUUAAUUCAAAUCCUUAAAUUAAACUUGGCUUUGAAUUUAGGUACUGACGCAUGUGAAGGGUGUGCAGCAAUGACAGGCUGAAGCUCGUUCAGCCUCUGACGCCUCUGUGCAGACAGACCAUAUGGACGCUGGAAACGAGUGGAAAAUGGGUCUGGAUCUGCUGAUAUGGAGCACUACAGUCACCCUAUUCUGGAGAGCACUUCCUUCUUCUAGUAGGAGACAGGUCUGGCUCCAUCACAGCUCUACAGCUGCAGCACAGCCUGUUUUUACCUAAUCUAACUUGUUGCCUUGGUUUCUAAAUUCUUGGAGUUCUGGGAUUCAGGACUGAGUCCUGAAUUUUUGGUUCUGAACACCCUUCUGCUCAGCGGAGCUGCUGUUCCAAAGUAAAGUCUCUUCAUCCUCCUCUAACUACUGCUACUCUAUCACCUGCUUUCUGCCACCUCAGGGCAUGCUGGUGGUCUUCCAGGGCUGUUUUCUGUAGAGAUGAGCUCUGUUUUUCUGGAAUACUGAUAGAUUUGUGCAUCCUCAAAACAUGUGAGAAAGCUGCUGGGCUGAGGAAUGGCCAUUUGCUGCUUUCCCUCUCCGUUUUGCCGUGCUAGGCAUGUCUCCUCAUUGCUGCUGGUACUUACAGUGACCCUGUGCAUCUGCUUUCUUCGCUUGGAACUCUGUACUUUAUAAAUGAAUAAAAUACUGUGGAUUUUUUACUUAAAAAGU